AAAAGUUGGAAUUUUAUAUAUACCAGUGAUAAUACAAGAGGGAGCAGCCAUACCCUUGUUCAGAGUGCGGGAAAUGUUUUUCAUAUAAGUCCUAUUUUUAUAUACACCAGUGAUAAUACAAGAGGGAGCAGCCAUACCCUUGUUCAGAGUGCGGGAAAUGUUUUUCAUGUAAGUCCUAUUUUUAUAUACACCAGUGAUAAUACAAGAGGGAGCAGCUGUACCCUUGUUCAGAGUGCGGGAAAUGUUUUUCACGUAAGUCCUAUUUUUAUAUAUACCAGUGAUAAUACAAGAGGGAGCAGCCGUACCCUUGUUCAGAGUGCGGGAAAUGUUUUUCACAGUCCUGCAGAUGCGACCGAGCGCAUGCACUAUCCUUGCGUUUUCAAUGGGCUGCCCAAACACAUGGAAGAAGCCCCUGACUCUUUUCCAAAAACGCACCGCGCCAACACAAACUGUGUGCGUCGGCGCUGCCAGGCGUCCGCUAAGGGCAGUGCGUUUCCCUGCAUGCCAAGAAAGCGCCCAAUUUGUAAGGUCUGA